AUGGCUUCCCAGAACAACCCACAUCCGUUUGAAGACAGUGAUGAUCCAAAGAUUUUAGCCCAACAGGUUUUGGAGAUCGUUGAAUGCUUGCACAAAGAUCUGUCUUCGAAAGACUGUGAAAGGGAUGUUGUUUUAACUUCUAGAAGCAUCGACCAAGAAGGUAGUGAGACUAAUAACCCAAACGAUCUUUCAGAUGUUCUUCCUGUUUCCACUCAUCUCUAUGAUAGCGCCCCGAUUUCUAGCCUAAUUCAUCAUCUCCGACUACUCAAAGAGAGGCUGAUAAACCUGGAAGACAUUCGUGUAUAUGUCGGAGGAGAGCUAAGGAAACAUUAUUGUGACAUUGAUUUUCUUUUAAGGAAAGCGAGUUUUGCUUCUCAAAAUAUCAAUGGGAUCAAUAAAGACGUUGAAGGUAUCACCAGGAAGAUCUCUGAUCUGGUGGGAAAGGUCUCCUCGGUGCCUGACAAGCUGUCUAGACAGAAAGUAUUUCAUUCUCAGGAACAAUACAACCAUAACGGAGACAAUAAUGGCAGAAGGUGUGAUCACCUCCCCGGCCUCCAUACAAAUGUGAAAGAUCUCACCAAAUCCGAGGCUUUCAGACAAGUGGAGCAGCAAUUUAAGGAGCUUGAGAUGGAAAGAAAGAUGUGCCUUUUGAGCUUCGCUGUAUUCCCGGAGAACAGAGAGGUUCAUAGAACGAUGCUCAAGUAUUGGUGGAUAGGGGAGAAGAUUCUGCCUAUUGAACGAGCUGAAGAAACUGUGAGGGACAUUCUCCAGGAACUCACCGAGAAAAAGUUGGUCGACCCCGUUGAAGAGAGGCGUAAAGUGGCACCAAGCAGCUAUAAGAUGAACCCUUUUGUGCAUUCGUCAGUUGUUCAUAUCUCAAAGGAGAUUGGACUCUUCGAUAUUUAUCAUGAAGGGUGUAAGCCAAGCAUGAACAAGUCAGAGAUGGGAAAGGUGUGCCUUGUGGAGGGGUCGUCAAACGAGAAAGGGGCAGCCCGAGCAAGGAUGCGCCCAUUGAUAGAUAUCGGAACUGUGUUCAAUGUUAAUGAGAGAUACCCGGAAUUCACACUCCAAUGGUUCUUGGAGUAUAGACCAGACAAUAAAUAUGCCCUGCUGUUGCAUGAACCGUCGUUCAAGUCACUCCAUGUCCUUUACUUGGGGAGAUGGGAAAGAACUCAGAAGCGAUACAUCCAAGUAGAAGAUCCUAAGCUUAUAAGAUGUCUAAAGUAUCUGAAGAACCUGAGAGUUCUAAGUCUUCAAGGGAUCUCAACCAUUAGAAGGCUGAGAAGUGCGUAUUGCAAGAAGCUACACGAGCUGAUCGUCUUGGACCUCAGGGAGUGCUCUGAGCUGGCAAAACUUCCAGAAAAGAUAGAUUCACUGCAGAGUCUGGUCUACUUGGAUAUGACAGGAUGCUACAUGCUGGAAUGGAUUCCCAUGAGGUUGGCUUCGCUGAACAAUUUAGAGGUUCUCAAAGGCUUUGUGGUUAGUGACACCAUAUAUGAGGGUGUUGCGUGCACACUGAAAUUGAUGAGGAGAAUGAAGAAGCUAAGAAAGCUCAGCAUCGAAAUACACAGAGAUGAUCUCGGUCUGCAGCAACUGAUGGUGGAUCUUGUACAGCUCAAAGCGUUGACAAGUUUGAAAGUGACAUGGAGGAGGGAUUUAAACAUCAUACGUGCUGUCAAGCCUGAGGAUUUCACAGAGAUUGAGAGUCUUCCUCAUCAGUUAAAGAAACUGGACCUGCAGCGUUUUCCGGAGGAAGAACUUCCCACUUGGCUUCAACCGCGGAAUCUUCUUCACUUGAGAAAGCUCCACAUUGGAGGAGGAAGGUUACUUAAGGACUUCGGUGACAUUCCGGAGAAGGCAACAAGAUGUGCUGUUGAGAUCUUACGUCUCACGUCACUCCCCAAGCUAAGGAUUCGGUGGAUAGAGCUGAAGCAAAUCUACUUCCCAAAUCUGACUUUUCUUGAAAAGUAUGAGUGUCCCAGAGUUAGUCUCACUCCUUGCGAUGGAAAUGGAAUCUGGAGAUCUGACCAAGGCUGCUAA